AAUAUUCAAGCUGUUUGUUGUAUGGUAUGCGGUUCUUUGAUAGUAUAAGACUGUGUCCUUCCCUCUUGGAUAGGAGAAUGAAUCCAGGUUUUUGAUCACUAUUAAGAUCUAAUACAUCCAACCAUCCCCAUCCCAUCCCGUGGUUGUAGCAACAAAGCAACAGUCUUGCAGUCAUAUACCCUCCCUCGGACAAAAUGCGUUUCUCAACAAUCUUUGCCGCCGCCGCUGCGGCUCUUCCGGCUGCCAGCGCGCCGACUGCAGUUUCUCUUUUGGCCGCCGGCCCUAUGGACCCCACCCCGGUCAAUGUGCUCAUGAUGAAGCCGGGACAAUUCAACUACAACUGGACCGUCACCAACUGGGAGGCCGGAUGCGCACGUGGCGGAUGCUACUACGGGUUUGACAUUGCCGCAGAUGAGUACACGAGCUACCCCAAGGCCCCGGCUUUCAAGGCUCACUGCAAUGGACAAAACGAGGGCGGCCCCUACACCGUCUGCGAGAUGCAGGACGGUGGCUCUGCCGCCAGGCGAGUUGCGGCUCGCCUCCUGGAGAGGAAUUCUUCGGACCCCGUUUACAUCAGGGUUUCUUACCAGUACGCCGACAGCCAGCCGAACGCCUACUUUAACUGGACCGGCACGGGGGAGACCAGCUACAACCAGUUUGUUGCACCGCCCCAGACAUUCAACGUUACGCCCUCCGAGGUUUUCGGCGUCGCCUAAAUCGGUGUGGGUAACGGUAACACUGUGAUGGAACAUGGGAGGUCAAAACAAAAAAUGGAAUGAGUCAUGACCAUGACGAUUGUAAUUAUACGCGGGUACAAUGCUGGACCUUAUAACUAAUGGGUAGUACACUUAAUUUAAUUCGACCAUCUUGGAAGAAACAACAA